UUUUUCUUCUUUUCUUCUCACCAGACACAAAGCACAAAACAAAUGGGCAACAACAGCUUCCUAUUUCCCAUGUCAAUUGACUGGGUAAUUGACUUAUGGAGACAGAUAUUAUGAUAUCACCUUACAGUCGAUGCUCACACUAACCAAAUGAAGCUAUAGCGUACGUCCCAUGCUUAGAGACAGCUCGAUGGCCGGAGAUGCAGUAGUACACAAUGCCAUGCCCAGUCCAUCAUUUGAACCAUGAAACCAGCGGUGAUUGAAUAUCAGACUCGUGUAAAAAAAUCUUGAGAUAUAUUCAUUCGUAGACUUUCGCGCUUUAAGUUUGCCAAAUAGACGAGACCGACCAAUCAACCGCCCUGUGGAAAGAUGCCGAUUUUGGAAUAUUCGAUCUGCCUCCUAGCCAGCCCCAGCUUAAUAAGUUACUCCCUGGUUUAAGAUAUAUCGCACUUACACCAACACGUUUUACUCAGAUCAUACACGUGCUUUGCAUUAACGGUUGUUUCGUUUAAACAAUCCUGCUCUUCCUGAUACGUCAAACAUGAACUUCAAUUUUGUUUUCGCCAUAUAUGACUGUUUCUAUAUAGAUUCCUAGUGUGUAUAUGGAUGGAGCGUCGGUGAAUUUAAGUCUACAGGUUUCGCUUCUUUUAGGUAUCAUGAGAUGGGUGGAUCAUCUGUUCCACUACACUGUAGCGUAUGGCUAAAUAGACAAAGAAUAUUUGAUGGCAAUCGAGAUGCACCGUAAUUAACAUCAUCAAAACGACUCUUCCUGCUAUCAUUGUGUGAGUAGACGUACAGCUUCAGAGAAGAUCGAUAUCUGUAUUGCAAUGCUCCUUCAAUAGUCACCAAAGAAUCUUGCAAUUGUCUCACUUUUAUCCCCGCCAUGGUGGGCAACACCCGCCCAUAUUUGAAAUGCCUAGCACGACCAUCUCCUCCGUCGGCAAUAAUUGACAGCUACAGGGCGUAUUUUUGUUCUUCAUUAAAAAUAAGUCGUUAUCCUAUAUCCGUCAACACCCGUUGCUAUCCUGUCUUUUCCCUCUAUUGUUCAGCGCAUGCCAACAGCUUGAAUUUAAUACAAGCUUUGUUCGGGCCGAAGUUUGGGCUGGGGUUUCGAUAACUUGGUUGGAGAAACUCGACCGCUCGGAGUUUUUGGUCUGCUUGCUGCUUGUGUUCAUGAGGGAGGGGGUGUAUAUAUAUAUACCUUAAAAGAGCGCUGUGGAGGGCUUGUUUGUUAUUUAUAUACACUCGCUGAUAGUGUACAGUUCAUUCUUUCCAUUUCUCUCUUUGAUCUAUAUAUUAUUACAAACUAAAAUAACAAAAUACAAAAAAUGUCCACCGUAAUCAUCGGCGGUGGCAUCAUCGGCCUCUCCACUGCAUACUACCUCUCCCUCUCGCUCAACAGACACAAACACCAAAUCCACAUUAUCGACCCAGCAGCUCACCUCUUCGACUGCGCCUCAGGUUAUGCUGCCGGUUUCGUCACCCGCGACUGGUUCGCGCCCGAUCAAGCCGCCCUCGGCGCCCUCUCCUUCGACCUACACGAACAGCUUGCGCGCGAGCACGGCGGCUAUGAGAAAUGGGGGUACAUGCGCAGCACCGCGGUGGGGUUGCAGGUGCAGUAUGCGGACGGGCAGAAGUCAGCGAGCGGGGAUGAUUGGCUGAGGCAGGGGGCUAGUCGGGCGGAAGUGGCCGUGAGGGCGGAUGAGAAGAAGGAGGGGGAGCCGGAUGCGGCGCCGGAGUGGUUGACGCCGCAGGAGGGGGGGAGAGCGGAGAGGAUCAGUGAUGUUGCGGGUGUGGCGCAGGUUGACCCGCUACGAUUGUGUCAAUUCCUCCUGGCAAAAUGUAUCGAGCGCGGCGUCCAGGUCCACAACCCUGCGCGGGCAAUCGGGCUCAUCAAGGACUCUUCAUCCGGUUCUACUACAGGCAUAACGCUUCAACACCAGUGCACGAACACCCAAUCAACCAUCCCUUGUACAAACCUCCUCUUUGCCGCAGGCGCAUGGACCCCCCGCGCCUUCGAUGCCCUCUUCCCAACAUCCCCCACCCGCAUCCCUGUGACUUCCCUCUCAGGCUACUCCAUCCUCAUCCGCUCCCCCCGCCACACCCUCUCGCAUGAAAGAGACACAUAUGCCGGAACGGCGCAUGCAGUUUUCACAACCCACCCACGCUCCUGCGGCUUUAGUCCUGAAAUUUUCUCGCGCGCCGGCGGGGAGAUAUACCUCGCAGGCCUCAAUAGCUCGGAAACGCCCCUCCCCGCGCUCGCGAGUGAUGCCCAUGGCAUGAUGGAGGCAGACAAAGUUGCGCUUGUCCGCAAGACGGCAGUGACGCUGAUGGGUAAGGCUGACCCGAACGUGGCGAGCAGAGAUGCAGAGGGAGAUGCGAACAUUGAUGAUUUGGAAGUCGUGCGGGAAGCGCUGUGUUUCCGCCCGUGGACGGAGAGCGGGCGGCCGAUUGUGGCACGUUUGGGGGAUUGGGCUCUGGGAUCGGGUGAUGUGUCUCCUUCUGGUGGUGUCUUUAUGGCGGCGGGGCAUGGGCCAUGGGGUAUUUCUAUGUCUUUGGGAACGGGGAAGGUUAUGUCAGAUAUGAUUAGGGGAGUUAAGACGAGUGCGGAUGUGAGUGGGCUGGGGCUGGAGGCAGGGAUGAGGCCUGCUAAGGCGAAGAUAUAGACUUUGCUUAUGUAGAGAGAGCUAUAGAGAUACAGUAAAGAACCCUUGAUUUCUGAUAACUGCAUUUGUUUUCAAUAUUCAGGUGUUCAUUAUUGAGUAUUUCCAUGCAUUUUCCUCCCUUGAUAUUAAGGGGAUAGAACAGGUUAGAGGAUCAAUUGGAAGUUCAGUGUAGAAGCACGGGAGGCCAUGAGAAUUUUGGCCCACCCCUAUCCUGCUAGUUAGUGUAGAUGGGUGUAUCACAUACAUUCUCAUCCUAAGACUGAUACUGUAUCUAUAUUAUAUAGGAUGUUGUUGUCGUUACAGAGAAGAACAUCUGAUGUUUUGAGGAAAGGAGAA